AUGGUACCAAUUUUCUUUCUUUCUUUCUUUCUUUUUCUUUCUUUCUUUCUUUCUUUAAUCUUGACGCGUUUCUUUCUUUCUUUCUUUCUUUCUUUCUUUCUUUCUUUUCUUUCUUUCACCUGUCACCUUUUCUUUUUCUUUCUUCGUUCUUUGUUUGUUUGUUUCUUUCUUUUCUUUCUAUCUUUCUACAUGUCGCAUUCUUUCUUUAAUGGUACCAAUUUUCUUUCUUUCUUUCUUUCUUUUUCUUUCUUUCUUUCUUUCUUUAAUCUUGACGCGUUUCUUUCUUUCUUUCUUUCUUUCUUUCUUUCUUUCUUUCACCCUGUCACCUUUUCUUUCUUUCUUCGUUCUUUGUUUGUUUGUUUGUUUCUUUCUUUCUAUCUUUCUACAUGUCGCAUUCUUUCUUUAAUGGUACCAAUUUUCUUUCUUUCUUUCUUUCUUUUCUUUUCUUUCUUUCUUUCUUUUAAUCUUGACUUUUCUUUCUUUCUUUCUUUCUUUUUUUCUUUCUUUCUUUCUUUCUUCACCUUUUCUUUUCUUUCUUCGUUCUUUGUUUGUUUGUUUGUUUUUUUUUCUUUCUAUCUUUCUACAUGUCGCAUUCUUUCUUUAAUGGUACCAAUUUCUUUCUUUCUUUCUUUCUUUUUCUUUCUUUCUUUCUUUCUUUAA